CCGUCUCCCAUAUGCUGUCUAGACUUGGAAGCUGCUUCCCGCACCACCUCCGUCCGAUCACCCCGCUGCGGUCGCAUGUCUUCCUUCUCUCCUGUUCCUCUGGCGGCGACCCUUCCUCCUCGUCGUCCUUCGAUGCCCUCUUUCGACGAUGCUCCAAUCCUCUUCAAGCCAAACAAAUCCACGCCCAACUCCUCUCUUCCGGCCGCCACCACCAACUCUCCCCAUUCCUAUCCGCCCGCCUCGUCUCCGUCUAUAGCCGCUUUGGUCUCCUCGCUGAGGCCCUCUCCGUAUUCGACGCUUCCUCCGAUCACCACCGCUCUUCCCUCCUCUGGAACUCCAUCCUUCGCGCCACACUCGCCGACGGCCGUCCCGGAGACGCCCUCUCCCUCUACCUUCGGAUGAGAGCCCUCGGCGCACUUCCCGACGGCUUCACCUUCCCCCUCGCGAUAAGGGCCUGCUCGGCUGUCCGCAACCCCAGGCUUUGCUUCUCCAUUCACAGCCAUGCUGCUUGCAUGGGAUUUCAGUCUCACCUCCAUGUAGCAAACGAGCUGAUCUUAAUGUAUGGCAACCUGGGCCAGAUGGACGCCGUCAGAAAGGUGUUCGACGCAAUGCCAUCGAGAAAUGCCUUUUCUUGGAAUAAUUUGAUCUCUGGGUACUCGCUCAAUUGCGACUGCGAAGCUGCUCGUGAUGCUUUCCGGCAGAUGGAAUCCACAGGGCUCGAGCCGAACCCAGUGACAUGGACGGCGUUGUUGUCGGCGCAUGCUCGGUGCCAGCAGCAUGGUGAGGUCUUGGCCAUGUUCGAUGAGAUGAGGACUCGGGGUGUUAAAUCCACUGCAGAAGCAGUUGCGGUGGCUUUAUCUGUCUGUCCUUAUGUCUGUAGUGCGGCGUUGCAGAAAGGAAAGGCGAUCCACGGCUUCGCCAUUUCAUGCGGCUUCGGUGGUUACCCUUUUGUCACCAACUCCCUCGUUUGCAUGUACGGGAAACUUGGCAGUAGAGAGGAAGCUACAAGGUUGUUUCAUGAGAUGGAGACGCGGAAUCUGGUGAGCUGGAAUGCAUUGAUCUCAAGCUAUGCAGCUGGUGGUUUCUGCAAUGAGGCUCAUGAGAUCUUGGUCGAAAUGGAGAACACAGGAGACGUCACACCAGAUGUGGUCAGUUGGAGUGCUGUGAUAGGUGGUUUUGCAUCGACUGGAAUGUUGGAGCAGUCUGUGGACCUCUUCAGGCAGAUGCAGAGAGCCGGAGUGAAGCCCAACUCGAUCACGGUCGCCACCGUGCUAUCAGCCUGUGCAGAGGUAUCAGCAUUGCGUUUAGGUAGGGAGAUCCACGCUCAUAUUAUCAGAGGCUUCUUGCAUGGUAGUCUCCUGGUAGGAAAUGGGCUUCUCAACAUGUAUACAAAGUGUGGUAGCCUGAAGGAUGGGUGCGCAGUGUUCGACAAAAUAGUGGAUAAGGAUUUAAUCUCGUGGAACUCGAUGAUCGCUGGUUAUGGGAUGCAUGGAUUAUGUGAUGAAGCUCUCGGAACUUUUGAUGCCAUGACCGGAGCUGGUUGCAACCCUGACGGCAUUACUUUCAUAGCGAUUCUGUCCGCAUGCAGUCAUGCCGGGCGCGUUUCAGAGGGCCGCAGUCUCUUCGAUCGGAUGGUGAUCGAGUAUGGAAUUACACGGUGCAUGGAGCACUACUCUUGCUUGGUGGACCUUCUUGGACGAGCCGGGUUGCUAAGAGAAGCGAUUGAGCUUAUGGAAAGCAUGCCGACGAAGCCCAAUGCUUGUGUCUGGGGAGCCUUGCUGAACUCUUGCAGAAUAUGUGGUGGCACGGUGGUGGCUGAAGACGCAGUGGCUCAGGUGUUGGGCCUUGAAGGCCAGGCCACCGGGAACUACAUGUUGCUCUCUAAUCUCUAUGCGGCUUGCGGCAGGUGGGAGGACGCGGCGAGGGUGAGAGUGAUGACAAAAACAAAAGGUCUGAAGAAAACUCCGGGGCAGAGUUGGAUAGAGAUGAAGAACAAAUUCUAUGCAUUCUCAGCGGCAGGCACGUUGCCUCCCGGCGCGGAGGACGUAUAUGUAGUUCUUGAGGAUUUGUAUCAACAAAUGGCGAGCGACAAGUCUGCGGCAGACGAUCAAUUGGGAUGCCAUCAAUAGUGUCUCUCCGACGACUUGAGUUAUAAGCCAAAAAGAAGUAAAAGGUCGCAUUACAUGCCAGUUUUUGACUUGUCACAACAACCCAUCGAUAUAAAUGAUAUCCUACUUGUUAUAUUCUGAUUCCCUGAAACAAAAACCUGCACGUCGGUGUAUUGCAUGAUCAACUCACCUGAACCGUGCGUGAGAGUGGACAAUCCCAUCAUAAGCGGUGUAAGAAGACAGAGAACAGUGGCAUGCCUUGUUUGGCCACAAAUAUUACCACCUGAUACAGGUCGUAUAGAAAUUGCCUUGCAGGUAGUUUGACCUUCUUGGGCCAAGUAACACUCCAGUAAAGUGUUCCAUGAUAUGAACAAAUCUAUUACAAAGGAAGUAUAGCUCAGUUCAAACUUCUGGAUCGAUGAA